CCACCCGCGGCCCCACCGGGCGGCCCACGGGGCCACCCCCGGGAGCGAGCGGUCCUGCCCCUGGGCGGCGGCCUCUGCCUCCCGCGGACGCUCCUCAGGCCUCUGGCACCGCCCCGCCUUCAGCCGCGCCCGCGCGGGGGCCGUGCUCCCUGCCCCGCUCCGGGCCCGCCCGGGUGUCCAUGGCAACGCAAGGCCUCGCAUCCCACCGGCCGGGGUCGGGAGCGCUGCUGGUGGGGCUACCAUGGCGGUCGGCGCCGGCAGAGUUUCCAGUCUGCCGGUGGCUGAGGGCGGAGAGGCGGCGAGGGCGGCCGGCUGCGGCUCCUGCCCCGGGCAGGGCCUGUCCCGCGGGCCGUGGGCCGGCGAGAAAUAUGUGGGACAGUUCUACGUGGACCAGCGCCAUGGGAAGGGGAUUUGCUACUGGCCUGAUGGUUCCAAAUUCACGGGAGCUCUUUAUCUUGGCCACUUAGAAGGCUAUGGGACCCUGGAAUGGAAGGAUGGCAGAAAAUUUCAGGGGCUGUACAAAACUGAUGAGCGAUUUGGACCAGGGAUUGAGAGCUAUCCAGAUGGCUGUCAGGACGUUGGUUUGUGGCUCAGGAAUCAUCUAAUUAAACUGUGUACUGAAGUACCUGGUUAUUUUUCUCUCUUGGAUUAUCCAGCACACUACAGAUACAUUGAUGACAGUUCUCAAAAGAAGUAUAUUUCAGUUGAGGAAGACCCGUUUCUCCGAGGCUAUAAACAUCUCCCUUUUGAUGAUAAGGAUAUUUUUCCUGAAGGAGUCUUUGCAUAUUCUCGUAACACAGAUCAUCUUACUUUGACACGCUCCUUCCUGGAAGAGUGUGAUGCUUGGUAUUUUCAGAACACCCCAAAGCUGCCUGAGGAAGACCCAUGGCCUGUUGCAAAUGUAACCCCACUACUCGUUAGAAUGCAGAUGCAUGUUUAUAAGCACAGGCGCUGUCAAGGGGAGUUCACUUCAGAUGUCAACCUCAUUCUCAGUGGCUCCCGCAGUACUUAUGGGCCUCCAGGCCCCAGGGAACUUGCCUCAGAGCAGCUAAUUCAGAAAGCGGCAAGAGGAGACUAUGAUGGGGUCUAUGCGGUUCUGAGGAAUGGGCUUGCUCAUCCAGACAUAGCUGACAAACACGGAUACACAGCACUUGCUGCUGCUGCUGUUCAUUCCCAUAAUGAUGUUGUCAAUCUUCUUCUUGAUAGCGGAGCUGAUGUGAAUAAGUGUAGUGAUGAAGGAUUAUCUGCUCUCUCCAUGUGCUUUAUUCUCUUUUAUCCAGAAGAAUCAUUUAAGGGUAAUAUUGCUGAGAGGCGCUUCCACAGUUACAAGUGGAAUGAACAAUCAGAAUCCUCAGAAACAGUCAGUGUGGCUGAAGACAUUAUCUCAGAUUCUAGACGACAGAAGAGAUGGGAAACAAUCCAGCUGCUGCUUCGUCGAGGUGCAGAUCCCAAUGCGCCCUGGGUCCCACCACACCUUCUGUUCUUUGCUGUUAAAGCUGCAGAUGCAGAAGCAGUGAAACUCCUCUUAGAAAGGGGAGCCAGGGCUGAUGUGCGGCUUCCACCCAAGCUAGGGGGGUUAACUCCUCUCCACAUAGCUGCCUCAGUUCCUGGGGAGGAAGGGGUCCGGAUAACACGAUACCUCCUGCAUUCUGCCCCAGAUCUUAAUGCAAGGGCGGAAGAUGGAAACGAGACAUACGGUCCAGACAAGAUUCCUCAGCAUCAAGCCAGAGAAGCCAGUUUGACAGGUGGUGUCACUUUGCAACUGAAAAACGAAGCAGGACCACCACAAGGGUACUCUUCCUCCUAUAGUGGCCCUGUCCCUGAAGAAGGUGGAAGGAGUGCGUUGCAUAUUGCAUGUGAAAGACAGGAUAACAGUGAGCAUGCCAGAGAUGUUAUCCGCCUCCUUUUAAUGCAUCAGGCAAAUCCAAACACAUUGUGGAAUGGCCAUUCACCACUUUCCUUAGCAAUUGCCAGUGGGAAUGACUUGGCAGUGGUUGAACUCCUCAAACAUGGGGCUGACCCAAAUCUACCAUUAAGUGGGACAGUAAGAAGUGCCCUCUGUGCAGCUGUCAGUACGGCAUAUGAACAGCAGAGAACGACAGCACAGAGGAUUGCUUUGGUUGAUAAGCUGCUUGAAGCUGGUGCAGAUAUCCUUGCACCAGUUACUCUUAGAGAAGGACAAAGAAAAGCUGUGGGAACAGCUGUUGACUAUGCCUAUUAUAAAUAUAAUCAGGACAGGAGAAUUGCUCACACACCAUACCACAUAUUGUCAGCAUCUGAGCAGGAACUUUUUCAAACACGCCAGUCUCUGCUGGAACACAUUACAGCGAAGCUCCGUGAGCGUGUCAUCCUGAAAGAGAAGGAGUGGGAUCAAGAAGAGCUGAGAAGAUCCAAGAAAUUGGGUUCAGCUGCUCCUACGCGCGUUUCAAAGAAGAAAGGAGGAAGCCAUCGUGUGGAAGAAGUGAGAUUACCGUUCUUUAAAUACUGCUAUCAGUGCGGACGGUCAGUUAGCGUUCAGCUGUCACCUUGCACGCGCUGUCAUCAAGUCUUCACUUGCAGCGAGACCUGCAGAAAGAAAUCCUGGAACGAGCGGCACAGGCAGGAGUGCUUGGGAUUGCUGGAGAAGAGUACAGGUGGAGCAGCUCAGCGUGCAAGCGGUGCAGGAUGCAAAAAGAACGUCACUGGCAAAAAGGGGGAAAAUGGAAGAGAAGGAAAAGAUGAAAGGAGAGGUGGAAGAAGGAGUAAAGUGGGGAUUGGCGGACAAGAGCAUCACGGGAAGAAUGACUGACUUGUUUCAAGUCACUCCUACUAUUGUGUGGACAAGUUUUAAUAUCACUGUACUUUCUGCCUUGUACCCCACUUCCACUAAGAUUAAAAGUGAUCUAAUUGGACAUGUUUUGAGAAAGUAAAGUCAAAACAUCAUUCUAAGGUACUGCCUAUGAGCUCAAGGAUGAUAAUACCAUCAAAACCCAGUGUGUGGGGGUUGAUACAAGUUAUAUAUUUAAGUAAAUGUUUGCAAUUUGAAUUAUAGUCUUCACAUUGGUUUUAAUGGUUUAAUGGGGUCUGUGUAUAUGUACAUGUAAACCAAUAUUGCCCAUUAUUAAACUUCAUUAAAAAUACUUCC